CCUUGACCAAACACUUGUUAUUGGUCUGCAAAACCAUUGUCUUUUCAAGUGAUUUAAGAGCAGUGAUUCACAGACUUUGCUGCUGUCAUGUCAGGUUUCCGAGCUGCGCAAAUCGAAAGGUCAAGUUACACUGUUCCGAAUGUGAGUGAAAUCGCCAUUCAAGCUGACUGUGAUAGUGAUGAGACAGAAGUACAGAAAGAUGGACAUGAUGUACUGGAUUUCACUAGCCCAUUUCUAUUCAGUGAUGCUGUUCUCGUUGUUCAAGGCCGUAAUCUUCAUUGUCAUCGUGCCAUUUUGUCUAUCUAUUCACCAGUAUUCAAAGCAAUGUUUCAAAAUCGAUGCAUUGAAAAUCAAAAGAACGAAGUUGUUAUUCCAGUAGAUGAAUUUGACGACAUCAAAGAAAUGCUACGUCACAUGUAUACUCCUGGGGGAUGCGAUAUGACAGCUGAGACAGCUGAAAAGCUUCUUCCAAUCCUGCAUCGUUAUCAAAUUGAUUCCAUGGUAAAUUUAGCUGAAAGAACACUGACAUUUCGAUUAAAUGAUUUAACUGCUCCAUUAUUUUUGCGUAUCGCUGAUUUAUAUGGUCUAAGUCGACUAAGACAAGCAGCUUUGGAUACAUGUGCUCGCCUAGAUUAUGGCCGUAUGCUUAAGGCAUUCGAGGAGAUAAAUAUUUCACCGGAAUUGAAAAAUGACAUACUGGAACGAAGAAUAGUCGUGUUGGAGAAAUGUCUUGUAGAUAUUCAACAGAGUUUUACGCAUUCAUGUUCACGUAUGGAGAGUCGAGCUGAACGUGUCCCUUCCAAUCACUGUUCCUUACACUCUCGACCAUUUUCAACUAUAACAUAUAAUCCUUCAAGAAAUAAUACAGGUGAAGCAUUAGCCAAUGGUGGGCCUCAUCAAAACUCACACAACCUUAUUGACAACGAUGGUAUGCGUUAUGAUGUAUCCGCAAGUAUAAUGCCGUUUACAGUUGCUAGGAAUCUGGAGAUACGUACUAGUGUAGAUAAUCUGCAAAAUUCAGCUGGACACAGGGAAGUGCAACAAACAGACCAAAAUGUAACUUCUUCAGCACCAACUGCUGCAUCUGCAGUGACAACGACAACAACACCAACAACAACUCCACCGACUCCUACUCCUCCAGUGGCUACAGCAGUCUGUGAACAAUGUGUAGAACAGUUCAAAAUGCAUAUACAAGAAUUAUGCAAAAGAGGACUGCAUAAAAUACCAAUUAUAACUUGCAGAGAUCCUUGAAUCAUCAUUCAAAAAAAUUAUUUUUACAGUUUUUAUUUCUCUCAUUGUUUUUCACACUGAAGACUGUAGAGUUGAGCAAAGUAAUACAUUUUAUUAUACACCAACAACUGUGAAACACAUUUAGUAAACACUAAUCAUGACAUUAUACACUAUACAACUAUACAUUUCUCCCGAAACUAAUGUAGGAAAAUGCAUAUUCAAAUUUUUGUGACGAAUUACAUUUCAUUUCCCUUUCAUUUAGACAAUAUAAUUUUUAAAGGCAGUUGAAUGACUUUGUGGAAGACUGUACUGAUUAGUUGAAGGUAGAAGUGGACGAGGAAUGCAUCGUUAAGUUUAACUUUAUUGGAGAAAUUUAACAACAAGUUUACUGACUUACGGAUGAUUAUUCGUUGAGCAUACUUUGAAAACAAUUGAAGAACAGUGUAUUGAUGACACCAUAGACCAGACAAUGGAAUAUCCUUCCACCAAAGUCCAUUUUUUUCAUUUAUUUGUUAUCCGCGUGGAAUAUGGAGCUUGAAGCCUUGAAUUCUUGGACAGCAUUAAAAUGGUGACUCCUAAAACCAAGGAAGAUGCUUGGAGAUUAACUUGAUGUUAUUUGAUUGAUAGCGGCUAGCAGAUUAAUUCCCCUAGCAGGGACUCAUCAAUUGGAUAAACCUACAUCCCAGUGGCAGAGUAUUCCUACUUGGUCUUGAAGUUAGCAUAAAAUUCACCUGUUUUGCAAUGGAUAUUUACUGAAGAUAGAUUUAAGAUCCAGUUGAAGCACUAUCACUUACUAGAAUGAAAGUUCAUGUCACUUUUGAGUCCUAAAUAAGAAUAAAACACGCAUUCUGAAGUCUGUCCUUAGUCACUUUCAAUCAAAUGACAACAUGACUCACUCUUCACUUUUAAUGUUCGUAAGUUAUGACGAAGAUGUUUAUAAGCAGGCUUCUCUAAGAUUAUGUCAGAUUGCUUAUAGAGACUCUCUGAGCAGUAACUACUGAUGACACAAUCGAUGUCAUCUUUCUGGUAUUAAUUGACUUUUAAGACUUCUAUAGUUUUAUUUAUCAUGAUAACGAAGUUCAUGAGAUAAAAUGAACGUGAGCUUUUUAUAAUUUUAUACGUGCGCGGUUCUCAUUCACUACCUCCGGGGGUUAGAUACCAAUAUCGUUUAUUUUUCAACUUUUGCUAAUUUAUCAAACAAAUAGGCAUUUUACUCAUGGGAGGUAGUUUUUUUGAUUUUUUGAUUUUUGAUUUUUGAUUUACAGCUUGAUUCCACACUGUAUUUUUGAUACAAGUAUGGAAUUUUCAGCAU